CGUCUAUAAUCACAAGCUCAUUGCUCGUGUGCUGUUUUCACAUUCGAAGAAUUUGAAAAAGAAACCCUCCAAUUCUUCAUCGUCUUCGUCUUUUCGAAGGCAGACUCCCAAAUCGGUUAACUCAUAAAUGUCAGUCAUUUGAUCAUAUAGUAGCCCCAUGCUAAUUUGGCACGGAGGUUGCUGACUUCAGGAAAUGUUUGAAGGUUUAGUAAGGCAGCUGAUAUUAGGUUAUCUUGGCCAAUAUAUUAAAGAUAUACACAGAGAACAACUCAAGAUCACACUGUGGAAUGAGGAAGUAUUCUUAGAAAAUGUGGAGUUAAUUCUAGAAGCUUUUGAUUAUCUAGAACUUCCAUUUGCUCUAAAGCAAGGUCGGGUUGGGAGGCUAAGCAUUAGAAUUCCUUGGAAAAAGCUUGGGUGGGACCCUAUUAUAAUAAUUUUGGAGGAUAUAUUAGUUUGUGCCUCUCAACGUGAGGAUGAAGAGUGGAGUGUUGAUGAUGUUGAAAGACGAGAAUUUGCUGGAAAAAAGGCCAAACUUGCUACAGCAGAAUUGGCAAAGUUAUCACAACGUGUGUGUGAUAAUGAUAAUCAAACUGGGAAAUCAUUUAUGUCAUACAUUACUGCAAAGAUUAUUGAUGGCAUUCAAGUCACCAUCAGGAAUGUCCAUGUUGUAUAUAGAGAUAUUUCAAAUGACAAGGCACAAACUGUAUUUGGUUUGAAGUUGGCUAGUUUGACUGCAAUGAAGCAAAAUCUUGUUGGGGUAUUAAGUGGAAAGGUGAGAGCUGGCCAAGUAAACAAACUUGUUGAGAUACAAGGUUUGGAACUAUACUGUAAAACCUUUCAUGGAUCUGCAGAAGAUCUGUAUGCCAACAGUGGUGAAGACUCCAUGCCAAUGGUUGCUGCAAGCUUUCAAAAUGAUGAACAUGUUCACUUGUUGUCCCCAGUCGAUGUAUCUGCUUCUCUUUCGGUGAACAGGUCUGGAAGGCUUGAGAAUAAUGCAGCACAAUACUCGGUUGAUAUCGAGUUAUCUGGCUUGGUCUUGUCCCUUGAUGAAGAUCAGUUGCAGCAAAUACUCUAUCUGUAUGAUUAUCUAUGCACCUGUCAGCUAAGAGAGAAAUAUGGACGAUAUCGCCCUUGGGGGAUACCUAUAUCAGAAAGACCUUUGGGAUGGCAGAUACAAUGGUGGCAUUAUGCUCAAAACUCUGUGUUAUCUGAUGUUCGUAAAAGAAUGAAGAAAACUUCAUGGAAAUACUUAGGAGAACGUCUAGGCAGAAAACGACGAUAUGUUAAGUUGUACAAAUUGAAACUGGAAUGUCUUCGAAAAGAGCAGCCUCUGGAUGAGGAAAUUGUUUUGGAGUUGGACCAAAUGGAGAAAAUAUCUGAUAUAGAAGAUAUCUUGAGUUACAGGUCUGCUGCUGAACAUGAGCUUCAGGAGUUCUUGGUGGAUUCAGCUUCUGGUUUUGGAAAUAGUGAAGCAAAUACUCCCAUUGACAAGUCAAUGGAUGAUGACCAAACAUCUGGCAAACCACAAGGAUGGUUAAAGUGGCUUUCCCGUGGUAUGUUGGGUGCUGGAGGCACAGAUGAUUCCAGCCAGUUUUCUGGUGUUGUUUCAGAUGAAGUAAUUAAGGACAUUUAUGAGGCAACAAAGUUUCAUCCUGCACCUUCCCCUGUUCUUGAUGCUGCUGGAAGUGAUAGAAUUCUUUUGUCCUCCAUUAAAUGCUCGAUACAUCGAAUUUCUGCAACUCUGCGCAAUAAGAAUUUGGAUUGUGCUAUUGGUGAACUGGUUUUUGAGGAGAAUCUUGUGGAGUGCAUGAUUUGGGAGGAAUCUGCUGUUGUUACUGCAUCAAUCAAUGGUGUUGAGAUGAUUAAUCCAUUAAACAAGCAAGUCGUUUUACGUGUGAAAAGGGUCAUCUCUGAGGAGAAUUUCAUUGAAGUGGAGAAGCCAUCUCUAAAUAUCCAAGCUUACAUACCACAAGCAAAUCGUGAGGGUGACUUGACAUUGAAGGUCUUGCUUGAGCCGAUUGAAAUGACGUGUGAUCCAACAUAUCUUGUUAAUUUCAUGGAGCUUUAUACUGUGUUGGCUUCCUUUCAAUCUCAUGAAGGAAGGGUCCUAAGCUCACUUAAUGGGAUAAAAGACAUGAAGUCACGUCUAUUAUCGAAAGCCGAAUACAUGUUGUCAGGUCGGAAGAGAAUGAUGUGGGAUAUUAGUUUAAUAAACAUCAAGAUAAUUGUUCCAUGGGAGAAUGGGAAGUCAGAGAUACAUAAAUUGGUUCUUGGAUUAACAGCUGUCACCUUUUCAUCCAAGCAUGAUGUUGCCUGUUUUGCACCAGAUAUCAAUGUACCAUCUCAAUUCAUGAGGAAUUUAAUAGAUGACAAUUCUUCAAGUGAGCUUCUAGAAGGAACUCGGAUUCAAGAUCUGUAUGAUCUCUUGGAAAUUAAAUUAGUCGACUUCCAGAUAAACUUGUUUGUACCUUUCUAUCCAUAUACGUUUCCUAUCUUGGAGAAGCUCAAUGCUUCUUCUGCUUUAGCAUCGUGCAUUGUCCAGGAUGAAUCAUUACUGAAAGCAAUGGAGGUUUAUGUAGUGGUGGCACCAUUUCUGGCACACAUGUCACCAUCAAUAAUUGGUUCAGUUUUGAAACUAGUUGAAAGCAUCGACAUGCUCCAUCAAGCUUCACACUUGGAUGCCACGUCAGCAACCUCAUCGUUUGAUACAGAUUCAAAUAACCCAAACAACUUUAGCAGUAUCUCUGUUAUUGUCAAUUUGGAGUCUGCUAGCCUCAUUGUUGACCUUGAAAAUGGCUUAGAUGCUAGUUGCACAUUAACUGUUUCUCUUCAUGAUUUGGAUAUGAGAUUGAUUACUAUGAAACACACACAAUCUUUCUGGAUAUGUACACAGGGUUUAAAAGUAACGUCUCGUUUGUUGAAAAAUGAUGAUGACACGGACCUUAUAAAUGUUUCAACUAAUGGGCCAAGCCAUGAUGAGAAACUUAAUGUUUCACCUAAUGGAUGCCUCAUGUUACAUCAUGAUGGUGAGUUGAGCAUAUGGCUGAGUGAUCUUGAUCUUCAUUGCUAUCCACAUAUUAUUGGAUUGCUGAUUGAAUUUUUCGAUAAGCUACCUGAAUAUAGUCCUUCACAUGAUGACAAAAAUCAAGAAUUUGUGGGAAGUAACAGUAACAGUGUCCUCUCAGGUUCUUAUUUUGACUUCCAAAGAGUUGGUUGUUCCAAUUUUUAUGACACCUGUUCUUCAGAUUGGGAAAGCAUUUCAGUUGAUCAUUACCCUUUUGUUACAAUACACAAUGACAGAUCUCUUCUUAGCCUCGAGAGUUCACUUAUUAACAUCAAUCCAGACUGGAAGAAGGUUGUCAAGAUAAGAGAGGGUAAGAUAAAUUGUUCAAAGUCGAGGGCAAAAAAGGAAUUCCAGAAUCCUGAUCUGGUUGUAAUCAAUCUUGAUCUCAGAAGCAUUAGACUACACCUUCAUGACUCUUCAUCCAUUGUUGCAUCUUUUACACUUCCUACUGCUAAAUCUUCUAUUUCUAUCCAUGAAAGCUGUCUGGAUGUGUUGUGUUCAACUGAGGGGUUGAGCCUUUCAUCACAAUGGUUUCCUCAGACUCUACUAGACUCUCUGUGGGGCCCUGCUUUACUGAAUCUUUCUCCAGUUAUCAACAUUCGAGUGAGAAAAGGGAAUCAUGGAAUGGAACUAGAUUUUAGUAUUCAGAAUGUUUCAUGCAUAUUGCCAACUGAAUUUCUAGCUGUACUCAUUGGUUACUUCUCAAUGCCUGAUUGGAACUCGAAUGCAAAAGAGUCAUCUGGUAUCGAUAAUUCCAAGGACACAGAUAGCUUUCCUUUCACUUACAAGUUUGAGAUAUUGGACUCCGUUUUGUUUACACCUGUGGCUAAUGCUGAUUACCAGUUUCUAAAGCUUAAUAUUCCUCAGCUGUACUUCACUUUUAUUGAGAAUAGUGAUUCAGACAUUCUAUUAAAAGAAAUCCCUUUGGAGUGUUCUGUUCCACCUGGAUUUAUUGGAGAUCAUAAUUAUUGUGUAAAUGUAUUUGGGAGGGAUUUAUCUCUACAUCAUAUUCUUUGGCAAGACAAUGCUUCUGAAGUGACAAGUGUCAGCAUAAUUGCUCCUUUUAGUGGCGAUAUAUGGAUCAGAAUACCAUAUGGAUCUGAUUCUCCUUGUGCAACAUGUAUCAUGUCAAGGGUUAAUAAAUGUCAAUUUAUUGUUGAAGGAAGUGAAAUACUUGGCUGCUUUGAAGCAUUGUUAGCUGUCAUCGACCAGUUCACAUCUGUUGAAACUCUAUCCAUGUGUUUUACUUCUGAUGUUUCAGAGUUUCUCAAUUCAAAAGAGAGUUUUAAAGAAAAUCAUGUGCUUCCAGUUCCUAUUGAAUCUUCAAGUGUGAGCUUUACAGAAAUCAGAUGCUCUGUUCAAUCCAUGUCAGUAGAACUUUACUCUGACAAGAUACAAUCGGAUGCUACCAAACAUAUCGCCAAAACUGACAUGAAAUUCUCAUGUUCAGUAUCAUUGAGAAACGACAAGCCUCUAUCUCUUGAUAUAUCAUUCACUUGUGUGACACUUUCUUCAAUGCUUACCUCUGUUGUCUUACUGGAAUGCACAUCUUGUACCAAAAAAGUACCAGUUCUUAACAUGAAGCUCUUGAUGUCAGAUGAAGGAGAAAAUCAUCUUCGGUUCUCCCUUCCUUGUGUUAACAUUUGGUUAUUUUUGUCUGAAUGGAGUCAAGUUGUUGACCUUGUCAAUUCUUGCUGUGAAAAUCUUCCCAAAACUGAUAUCCAGAAUGAGGAACCAGAAAAAUCCAUUUCAGAGCCGGUUUCUCGUGUUGAUACUGCAGAAAACUCACCUCAAUCUAUCAGCGUCUCCAGUUAUUUAUCUCCAGAAGAUUGGUUUUCAUUAACUGUGAAGUCGGAUCAUAUUGAUAUAAAAAUCCGUGUUCCUGUUCAGGUUUCUGGAGAAGCAUUUAAAUAUUUUGGGGCUCCUCAAGUUCGUGAGCAGAAUUCCUUUGUUGGAAGAGAUCAUGGAAGUUUUCUAUAUAUUUAUUUGCAAAGUAGGUGCACUGAGGCGAACAUCAAUGGUGAAAAAGUAAAUUUGAAGUCCAAUCUGGGAAAAGCAAUGGGAACAGUUGAACUAUUUCAGAACAAGAGUGUCCAUUCUUGGCCCCUUUUUCAGUUAUUGGAAAUUGAUAUAGAAGCUGAAGUUGGUAAUGAUGAUAUGGAUCUCAUGCAUUUGAAGACAGAGGUUCACUGUGAUAAUCUAGAUGUUUGGCUUUCACAUCACACAUUUUACUUCUGGCAAACUAUGCUAUUUGUGUUUCCAGAAGAUUCUGGAUCUUCUCAGCUUCCAGUUGGCAGUGUAAAUUUCAGAUUUCACUUGCAAAAGAUUUCCAUUCUUUUGACAGAUCAAAAGUGGAGCUCCAAUGGUCCUCUACUAGAGAUUCUUAUGGGAAGGUUGUUGUUUCAUGGUAUCAUAACUGCAAAUGUGAUGGAAGGAUCGGUUGAUAGUGAGCUUCAAGUGAACUACAAUAACAUUCAUAAGGUUUUGUGGGAGCCUUUUCUUGAGCCCUGGAAGUUCCAAGUAAGCUUAAGAAGAGAGCAAGGAAAAAGCGCCCUUCAAAACAGCCCAGUCAUGACAGAUGUUCAUCUCGAGUCAACAAUGAAUCUCAAUAUCAAUGUCACCGAAUCCUUCAUUGAGGUUGCUUUCAGAACAUUUGAUAUGAUUACGGAUGCUUGGGAUCUCAUGAGUCUGAAUGUUUUUCCUGAAAACUCAAGAUUAACAACAGCUCACACCAAUGAAAAUACACUAGCCAGUAGAUACGCCCCUUACACACUUGAAAACUUAACUUCACUCCCUCUAGUGUUUUACAUUUCCAAUGCCUCUAAAAAAGCUGAUGGUUUCAAUAUAUUGAAAGAUGGGAAAUACGUGCAGCCUGGUUCUUCAUAUCCAGUGUACAUUGAUGAUAAUACAGAUGAACAAACCUUUGGCUUUAAACCUAGCCAUUCAACUGACAAUCUAGGAGACAAAAAAUUUGCUGAUGCACAACAUCAUUAUAUAGUUAUUCAGCUUGAAGGAACUUCCACUUUGUCAACUCCUGUUUCUAUCGAUCUUGUUGGUGUUAGCUUCUUUGAGGUGGAUUUUUCCAAUUCAGUUGACAAUUCCAGGGAUAUUUCUAAAAGUGUCAAUAGUGGCUAUGUUGUUCCUGUAGUGAUUGAUGUUUCAGUUCAACGAUACACAAAGUUAGUCCGCUUGUACUCAACAGUCAUACUCACAAAUGCAACAACAAUGCCAUUUGAAGUCAGAUUUGAUAUCCCAUUUGGUGUAUCUCCCAAGAUUCUGGACCCUGUAAAUCCAGGGCACGAGUUUCCUCUUCCUCUACAUUUAGCAGAAUCUGGUAGGAUAAGAUGGCGUCCAUUAGGAAGCACUUACCUAUGGAGUGAAGCUUAUAGCAUUUCCAAUAUUCUUUCUAAUGAAAGUAAGAUUGGACAUUUGCGUUCAUUUGUCUGCUACCCUUCUCUUCCAAGUAGUGAUCCUUUUCGUUGUUGUGUGUCUGUGCAUGAUGUGUGUUUGCCUUCUGCUGGGAGGGUAAAAAAGGGAUCAAAUUUAUAUAUUCAUGAUGCUAUUGCUGACAAGAUAGAGAAUCAGGAUCUGUCAAAUAAGAGGUGUAUUCACCUGAUUACAUUAAGUAAUCCUUUAAUAGUGAAAAACUAUUUACCAGUUGAAGUAUCUGUGAUGAUUGAAAGUGUUGGAGUUUCACGUAGCAUGCUGCUUUCAGAGGUUGAAACUUGUUUUUAUCAUAUUGAUUCUUCACAUGAUCUUUCAUUAACUUUUGAUAUACGCGGGUUUAGACCAUCUGUUCUGAAGUUCCCACGUGCAGAAAAGUUCAGUGAAAUUGCUAAAUUUAGCGGAACAAAGUUUUCUUCUUCAGAAUCCAUUAACUUCACUGCUGACAUUUCUAAAGGUCCAUUAUAUGUGACAAUGGAAAAGGUGAUGGAUGCUUUCUCUGGGGCUCGUGAAAUCUGCAUAUUUGUUCCAUUCUUAUUGUACAACUGCUGUGGCUUUCCCCUCAUGAUUGCAAACUCAACUAAUGAUCUGACAACACGUGACACUUUGCCUUCCUGUUAUGAUUUAGAUGAAGAGGACCCGUUUUUGGGGAAAAAAGAUGGUUUGGGCCUUUUGUCUUCAAACCAAAUCUUAAACAAUGAUGGUAUGACUAUGAGGUUUCCCCUAAACAAUAACCUUGUUUCCACUAGAAAGGAAUCUUUUGGUUCAUCUGGAUCAAACAAGAAGAAUAUCGGCACACAAAAACCAUCUUUGUAUGAUCAGGAAAAAAGCUUAGUUCCAAACAGUCAAAAGAUUGACUUUGAUGAAACAAGUCGCAAAAAAGUCAACUUUCGCAUGUAUUCUCCUGACCCUAGUAUUGCUUCGAGUGAGAUCAUGGUCAGAGUUAGUCGGUCCCACUCCGAAUCUGAUGUGGCAAGCACCUCAAACUACACAUGGUCUAGUCAAUUCUUCCUUGUCCCACCAACCGGUUCUACUACAGUCCUUGUCCCCCGAUCAUCAACCAAUGCUUCAUAUGUAAUAUCUGUUGCAUCUAGUGCUAUUUCUGGGCCAUAUUCUGGAAGAACAAGGAUUAUCAAUUUCCAGCCUAGAUAUGUUAUUAGUAAUGCAUGCAGUAAGGACUUGUGCUAUAGGCAGAAAGGGUCCGACUUUAUAUACCAUUUGAAGGUGGGACAGCAUUCUCAUAUUCAUUGGACAGACAUAACAAGGGAAUUACUGGUGUCUGCUCGUUUUGAUGAGCCUGGAUGGCAGUGGUCAGGAUGUUUUUUUCCAGAACAUUUAGGUGAUACACAGUUGAAAAUGAGAAACUAUGUUACUGGUGCUGUAAGUAUGGUACGUGUAGAGGUCCAAAAUGCUGACGAUGCAAUCAGAGAUGACAAGAUUGUUGGGAAUCCACAUGGCGAUUCUGGGACGAAUUUGAUUCUUUUAUCCGAUGAUGAUACGGGAUUUAUGCCUUACAGGAUUGAUAAUUUCUCAAAGGAGAGACUACGUAUUUAUCAACAAAAAUGUGAAGCGUUUGAGACUGUUAUACAUUCGUACACAUCUUGCCCUUAUGCAUGGGAUGAACCUUCUUACCCACAUCGUCUAACUGUUGAGGUGUUUGCUGAGAGGGUAGUUGGGUCUUAUACUCUUGAUGAUGCCAAAGAGUACAAACCUGUGGUUUUACCUUCAACUUCUGAGAAGCCUGAAAGAAGGUUGCUAAUAUCUGUCCAUGCUGAAGGAGCAUUGAAGGUCCUCAGCAUCAUUGAUUCCAGUUAUCAUAUCUUUGAUGAUAUAAAAAUCUCACAUUCUCCUCGGUUAACUGAUAAAAGAGAAUAUGACCAAAAGCAAGAAAGUUCUGUUCUUUACAAAGAAAGAUUAUCAGUUUCCAUUCCCUUCAUUGGAAUUUCUGUUAUGAGCUCUCAACCACAGGAGUUGCUUUUUGCAUGUGCAAGGAACACAAGCAUUGAUCUAGUUCAAAGUUUGGAUCAACAAAAGUUUUCCUUAAAAAUUUUCGGUUUACAGAUUGAUAACCAACUACCAACCACACCUUACCCUGUUAUAUUAUCUUUUGAUCAUGAGUAUAAACAAAUGGCAACCUCUCCGAACAAAAGUAAAGAUGCUUCAUGUGAGCCUGUGUUCUCAUUGGCUGCAGCAAAAUGGAGGAAUAAAGAUAGAGCUUUGCUUUCGUUUGAGCAUAUAAACUUAAGAAUGACAGAUUUUCAUCUUGAGCUUGAGCAAGAUGUGAUUUUAAGUCUGUUUGAUUUCUUUAAGGCAGUAUCCUCAAGGUUCCAUAGCAGAGGAAUGCCACAUAUGGAUUCAGUCCUGCUGCCUCUUUCCUCAAACUUCAGUGUAAAUAAAACAGUGCCAAUUGGUGCACCUUGGCAGAAAAUAUAUCUCCUUGCAAGAAAACAGAAGAAAAUAUACGUUGAACUGCUUGAAGUGGCCCCCAUCACUUUGACCCUAAGCUUUUCGAGCAGUCCAUGGAUGCUAAGGAAUGGAAUACUUACAUCAGGAGAAUUUCUUAUCCAUAGAGGUCUAAUGGCUCUUGCUGAUGUGGAGGGAGCAAGAAUUCAUCUGAGGCGGUUAACAAUUUCUCAUCAGCUGGCUAGCUUGGAAUCCAUACGAGAGAUCUUGAUCAUACAUUACACUCGCCAACUUCUUCAUGAAAUGUACAAGGUUUUUGGUUCUGCUGGUGUAAUAGGAAAUCCCAUGGGUUUUGCAAGGAGUGUGGGAGUUGGCAUCAAAGAUUUCCUCUCAGUUCCAGCCAGGAGCUUCAUGAAGAGCCCAGCAGGACUUAUCACAGGCAUGGCACAAGGAACUACUAGUCUUCUUAGUAAUACAGUUUAUGCCAUAAGUGAUGCUGCCACUCAAGUCAGUAGAGCAGCACAUAAGGGUAUUGUUGCAUUUACAAUGGAUGACCCAUCUGCAUCAGAAAUGGAAAGGCAACAAAAGGGGAUGUCGUCUCAUGGCAAAGGUGUAAUAAAUGAAGUUUUGGAAGGGCUGACUGGUCUUCUCCAAUCACCAAUAAGAGGAGCUGAAAAACAUGGGCUUCCAGGAGUCCUCUCAGGUAUAGCACUGGGAGUAACCGGACUAGUGGCAAGGCCAGCUGCAAGCAUUCUUGAAGUAACAGAAAAAACUGCUCGCAGCAUAAGAAACCGAAGCAAACUCUACAACAUGGGAUCCCAACGCCUCCGAGUCCGUCUCCCAAGACCAUUAUCCCCAAACUACCCCUUAAAACCCUAUUCAUGGGAAGAGUCCAUCGGCAUCUCAGUAAUCACCAAUUCCGUUUCCGACGACACCUUAAUGCUAAAAGACGAAACCCUAGUCCUAUCCAAAUCCUUAAAACAAGGGGGCAAAUUUGUCAUUAUCACCGAACGACUCAUCCUGAUCGUCACCUCCACCAGUCUGGUAAACUUGGGGAAACCGGAGUUCAAAGGCGUCCCGGCGGACCCCGAUUGGGUGAUUGAAGCGGAGAUAAGGUUGGACAGUGUGAUUCAUGUGGAUGUUGAUGAGGAGGUGGUGCAUAUAGUCGGGAGUAGUUCGGAUGUGGUGGUGAGACAGAAUGUGAACCGGGGUGGUGGUGGUGGUGGUGGUGGGAAGCAGCGGUGGUAUAAUCCGCCGACGCCGUUGCCGCUAUUUCAGACGAAUUUGGAGUGUUCGGGGAAGGAGGAGGCGGGGGAGUUGUUGAAGGUGUUGUUGGUGACGAUUGAGAAAGGGAAGGAGAGAGGGUGGGGGUGUGUGUAUCGUUUGCAUCAGAGUAAUGUUAGGUGAGGGGAUAGUGAAACCCUUGUAUAUUUAUUUUGUAGAUGUUGCUAGGAUAAAGGUGGAAAAAAUAAUAAAAGCUACAUUAGGAGAAUAUUAUAUACGAAAAAGAAGGAAAGAAUCGGUUUAAACUGUUUUU